AUGGGAGACAUCACACACCCAACUGACGACAAUGCUCGCCGUCUCCCCCCUCCGGGACCAGACCAGGUCUACGUGAAAGUGGCCGCCUUGAACGGGGGCUUCCUGACGCUGCCGGAGCGCAACUUCGUGACCGACCCAGACCCGGACAAAGGCACGACGGUGCCGUCGAUGUGCUUCCUGAUCGAGCACCAGUCGACCAACUCUGCGGCACCCACGCGCGUCGUGUUCGACCUGGGCAUCAAGCGCGACCUGACGCUGUACGCGCAGCCGGCAACGCAGCACCACAUCACCACCCGCCAGCCCGUGUACUCGUCGGCCGAUGCACGAUCGAGUCUGAUGAGCGGCGGCCUCGACCCGGCCACGGACAUCGACGUCGUGGUCCUGAGCCACAUCCACUGGGACCACAUCGGGCUGCCGGCCGACUACAAGCGGGCCACCUUCAUCGUGGGUUCGGGCACGCUGCAUAUCCUCGAGCACGGCGCGCCGCACUAUCCCCGCGAGCGCAUCGAGACGGGCGCCCUGCCCGUGUCCCAGACGAAGGAACUCCCACCGGUACCAGACUCAGACCGGAAACACAUGGCCGCAACCUCCCAGACCACGCAUACCUGGACAUCCAUCUCAACCCUGCCGCGCGUGGUCGACUUCUUCGGCGACGGCUCGCUCUACAUCGUCGACGCGCCGGGCCACAUCCACGGGCACGUCAACGCGCUGCUGCGCGUCGGACCCACGCGGUGGGUGUACCUCGGCGGCGACUGCUGCCACGACCGGCGCAUCAUGACGGGCGAGAAGCAGAUCCUCGAGUAUGACGAUGGGCGGGGCAAGCUGAAAAGCGCGCACGCCGAGCUGCACAAGGCUAAGAAGACGAUUGAGAAUGUGCAGCGCCUCAUCGACGUCAAUGGAGACGCCGUCGAGUGGGUUGUCGCCCACGAUUGGAAGUGGGCGUCCGAGAACCAGAAUCGGUUCUUUCCUCGGUGGAUGUAUUAA